GCUAAAUUUUACAAUUUUUUAAUGUUCUUAAAGAACUGGACAAUUACUGAAAGCCAGUAGUACAGAAAUGUCAGUGGGCAUGAUGGUAAUGUUGCAGAAACAACCAUAAAGAUUUUAUCAAUAUGUAGCUAAGUAUUUAGCAGCCUGUCCUAAAACCUAGCAUGAUUUUUAUCUGAUUUAUUUCAAAUAAUGAAAAACACCAAUAUUUUUUAGCUGAUGUACACAGAUACUGUUAAUAUGAAUUCAUAAAGCACCGUUUAGUCUGAACCUUUAAGCUUAGAUUCCUGCUCUGUUUGGGAUCAUUGUUCUGUUCAAAUGUCCAAGCUUCAGCUUCCUCACAAAAGGCAUGACUGUUUCUUUUAGGAUUUUCUGAUAUUAGAUCGAAUCCAUCUUGCUCCUCACAUACGGCAGGUUUCCAGUGCCAGAGGAAGCAUCUCUGAGUCACCACCAUGCUUCACCGCAGAUGGGGUGUUCUUUUUAGUGUAUGCUUCAUUCUUUCUCCUCCAGACAUACAGCUGAUCGCCAAACAAAAUAGAAUCCCAAAACUUAUGUGGCAUAUUUAUAUGGUUUUGGGCAUAUUGGAGCCAGCUAUUCAUGUGCUUUUGGGUCAGUAGAGGUACUGUAUAUGUAUGGGAGUUCAGGCAUGAAGAAUUUUGGCUUUUAGUAUGCUCCUAAAUGUGCAAACCUGUUAUAUAGGGUAUGUAUUACAAUUUGUGUAUAUAUUGGGGUGUGCUACAAACUACAAAGUCUUAAGCAGAUCAGAGAGCACACGGAAACAAUACUUUUUAUAAGGUAGACCAUGCUCUUAGCCCAGGUAAAUCGGAACACCCAAAGCAUGGAGUACCAAAGCAUUGAUGGUGAUCCACAGCAAGUUACCCUUUGCCUGACUGAGGCUGUAACAGUUGGAGACAGUGACCAUAUGGAGGCUCUGGACACUGUUAGUUUGCAGGCUGUGACACUGGUAGAUGGCUCCACUGCAUACAUACAACACAGCCCUAAAGAUAGCAAGAUAAUGGAGGGCCAGGUGAUUCAGUUGGAGGAUGGAUCUGCUGCCUAUGUGCAACACCUACCAAUGACAAAAUCAGCCGGAGAAGGACUAAGAUUAGAGGAUGGCCAAACUGUGCAGCUGGAAGAUGGAACAACUGCAUAUAUUCAUGCACCCAAAGAGAUGUAUGAUCAGACUGGUAUACAGGCUGUCCAGCUGGAUGAUGGCACCACUGCCUACAUCCAGCACAUGCCUCAGUCAAACACCAUACUGGCCAUUCAGGCAGAUGGCACAGUAGCAGACCUGCAGGCAGAGGGUACUAUUGACCCUGACACCAUCAGUGUGCUGGAACAGUAUUCUACCAAGAUGGAAGGUUCAGAAUGUGGUGCAGGUCUGAUUGGUAGAGCUGAUGCUGAUGGCAGUGUGCACAUGCAGAUUGUACUCCAGGGUCAAGACAACAGAUCUCCCAGAGUGCAGCAUAUUGGAGAAAAGGCUUUCCGCUGUGAUCAUGAGGGCUGUGGAAAGCUCUAUACCACAGCGCACCAUUUAAAGGUACAUGAAAGAUCGCAUACAGGGGAUAAACCGUAUAGAUGUGAUCAUAUGGGCUGCGGAAAAAUGUUUGCUACAGGUUAUGGCCUUAAGAGUCAUGUUCGAACACACACUGGUGAAAAACCAUACCGCUGUCAGGAGCUCAACUGCCUUAAGUCUUUCAAGACAUCUGGAGACCUACAAAAACACACCCGAACACACACGGGCGAGAAGCCUUUUAAAUGCCCCUUUGAAGGUUGUGGGAGAUCUUUCACCACUUCAAAUAUCCGUAAGGUUCACAUCCGAACACACACUGGUGAACGGCCAUACUACUGCUCUGAACCCAACUGUGGAAGGGCUUUUGCCAGUGCCACAAACUACAAAAACCACAUGAGAAUCCACACUGGAGAGAAGCCGUAUGUCUGCACUGUACCUGGCUGUGAUAAGCGCUUUACUGAAUACUCCAGUCUCUACAAGCAUCAUGUGGUCCAUACUCCCUGCAAGCCCUACACCUGUAACCACUGUGGGAAGACCUACAAGCAGAUCUCCACUUUAGCCAUGCACAAACGCACAGCUCACAAUGACACGGAGCCUAUUGAGGAGGAGCAAGAGGGCUACUUUGAACCACCUGCAGAUGCCAUUGAUGACCCCGGGUUAACGUUUACCCCUGCUGUGGAGGAGGAAGAUGGUGGAUCAGAGCAGGUUUCAUCAGGAUCUGAGAUGAUGAGUCAACAUAUAGCACUCAUAUCUCAUGAUGGCACACAGCAGGUUCUAUCUCAGGCAGAUGUUCAAGCACUGAGUGGCACAAUAACAAUGGUAACGCAAGAAGGAACCACAAUUACUAUUCCUGCCCAUGAAGCAAUGUUAUCUUCUGGAGAAGCUCAUUCUGUCACUAUGGUUUCAGCAGAUGGCACAGAAGGACAGGUGGCUAUUGUGACGCCCGAUCUGUCUUUGUACCAGACUGAAGAGGGAGAGCUGGUACAGGAGCAGCAGCAGUCGGUGGUAUCCACCAGCUCACACCCAGUUACUUUGCUGGCUACUUCCAAUGGCACACACAUUGCAGUGCAGCUGAGUGAUCAGCCCUCACUAGAAGAGGCCAUCAGAAUUGCAUCAAGAAUACAACAAGGCGAAACACCAGGCCUGGAUGAUUAAAGCAUGAUCUUUAAUUAAGCACCAUCAUCUUAUGUAAAUUUGUGUGUGGGCGUGUGUGCUUGCAGUGAACAACUGAGAGAGUCAAGUAUCCAAAAAUUGUUUGUAAUGCUAGAAUCCUGAUUGCUCUGUUUCAAGAGGACUUAAGAUAUUUUUGUGCAAAUUUAUGUAAAUAGGAAUGUUUUCAAACUGGAGUUUUUGCUGUAAAUAUUUAUUUGAUUCUUCUAUUCAAUACUUGACUUUUUAGGCUCUUAAUAAACGAAAUGCAAGCAUUA